AUGGCCAACGCCACUUUCCAGUUCAACAACUGUUCCGAGAUAGUCGACCUCGAUCAUCCUGACAACAGCAACAACGACCAACUUCCUCUGGAUGUACUCAAAGCUAAAAUAAAAUGUCAGAUUGACGCUUUUAAUCUGAGAAUAUUGCCGUUUACUACUCUAGUACAGGGUCUCUUGUAUUACGGCACAACCGUCAUCGUCUGUGUUGGAUUAUUCUUUAACGCUGUGUCGUUCGUGGUGUUGACGAGAAAGAGAAUGAGGAAAUCCUCCGUCAACAUGUUCCUCACGGCUUUGACCAUCUCUGAUUCUCUGUCGCUCACCAUGAACUUCAUGAUAGGGGUGACCCGAGCACAGAACUUUUCGGCGAACCAGAGUUUCAUGGACAACCAAUCUCUGUGUAAGCUUCACGGAGUGUUUGUGGUUGUUUUCAACCUUUUGUCCGUGUGGACCAUCGUGUCCUUCACCAUCGCGCGCUUUCUCAUCGUCAAAUAUCCUCAUAAAGCUAAAAAAUUCACAGAGAAGAGGACGCUGAUCAUCAUCGCUUCUGUCUGGUUAGCCGUUAUCAUGUUCUCCUGUCAUAAGAUCUUCAUCGCCGGCUUCGAAGGGGAUUCAGUGUUCGGAUACAAAGGUUGCCAGACGGAUCGUCUUCGUGUACCAGACAUUGGCAAGUUCUACGUGGCUUUCAACACCUGGCUGCCAUCCCUUUUGAUCCUGACUUUAAAUGUUUUCAUAAUACGGAUGAUCAGAAAGCAAAAUGUUAGGAGGCAAACAAUGAUUCAGUCUACAAAUCUGACAACUAGCAGACUGGACGUAAAGGCUACAAAAGUGCUGCUGACUGUGUCCUUCACCUACUUUGUCUUGAGAUCUCCCUUGGGUAUCAUCCAAACCUUAGAGUUGUUCUGGGAUAAUACAGUCCACGCCACGCCGCUGGUUGAUCCUCUCUACGUCUUUAAUUGCUUGAUAAAGAUCCAGUUAAAGUGGAUUCGAGCAUUUUUCUUCUUCUUUUACCAACUUAACUUCGCUGUGAUUUUUUUCUUGAACGUUUUCGUGUCAGCUCACAAGAUGUUUCAGAGAACGUUGUUGGAUGUGAUUGGUGUAAAGUUUAAAGACACUUCUCCUGAACCGCAGGUAGCACUUCCCAUGGGAUCUAACGCAGUCGCACCACUGUCACAGCGAGCUGAGGCCAAAUGA